GAGAUUGCCGAGACCAAAUCUCUCAUCACCCGUCACCACUGGGCCCGUUGAUCAUCUCUUCCUCCUCGACUACCUAAAAAAGUUUCCUCGCGCUGGGAUGCUGCCUUGUCGAACAGCAAGACAAUUAGCAAACCACAACUUGAAGUGGACACCAAAAUGGAUUCGUUCUAUCACGCGAUCGUGUCCUUCGUACUGGAGCAACAGAAUAUCUACGCAAGUUCCGUCACAUUGGUUUAGUUCAAGGAGGGCAACGUCCGCGUCAGCAGUGGCUCUACCAAAGCCUAGCGUUCAACUCCAAGAUCAUUAUCAACAUCCCUCUGGAUCCGGACCGGAUGAACUGGCGGAUGAUUUACCAAUUGUCAGUGCAGACGACAAGAGGGUUGCUGUGGGAUGGAAUACACAGACUUGGUCGAGAUUCCACCAUCUCUGGCUGAGAGACCAUUGUCGAUGUCCCGAAUGUUUUCAUAGGGUUACCAAACAGAGGCUGUUCAAUACAUUUGAGAUACCUCCCGAUAUCAAACCUUUACGUGUUAAUGCUGAAUCGGAAGGGUUGAAGGUUACAUGGCCUUGUUCAAAUCCACACGUAUCACUCUACCCAUGGUCAUGGCUGCGCCAUAAUUCUUACGAUCCGCCGUUACACCAACACGAGCAGUCAUUCGAGAAAAUUCUUUGGGGAUCGAAAAUUGCGCAAUCGCCUCCCACAGUAACUUAUGAGGAAGCCAUGUCUGAAAAUGAGUUUGGGCUGUAUAAGUGGUUGCAAAAUAUUGAUCGGUUUGGGUUCUCAUUCGUCUCGGGAUUUAUUCGUGAAACGCAGUACGGAAAAUUUUGGGAGUUUACAUCUGAUCUGUCGAAAGGUGACACAGCGUACACCACUAUGGCACUUGGUGCGCACACCGACAAUACAUAUUUUACCGACCCGUGCGGAUUACAACUCUUCCAUCUUUUGUCGCACACCGAUGGCUCCGGGGGUGAAACUCUCCUCGUUGAUGGCUUUUAUGUGGCCUCGAUAUUGAAAGAACUCCACCCUGAAAUGUAUUCUGUCCUGUGUCGAAUCCCUGUACCUGCACACGCUGCCGGUGAAGAGGGCUCUCUAUAUCGACCUAGUCCCGCCACAGGGUACCCUGUAUUGAGUUGCGACUCCUUAUCUGGAGAACUUAGUCAGGUGCGGUGGAAUAACGAUGAUCGUAGCGCAAUGAGGCAUUUAAAAGGGGAUGAUGUAGAAAAUUGGUACAACGCCAUUCGAACAUGGCAUUCGCUUUUAACGAGUGCUGAUUCAGAGUAUUGGGUGCAGCUCAGGCCUGGAACAGUAGUCGUUAUCAACAAUCAUCGGGUUCUCCAUGGUCGUUCUGCAUUUGACGGUAAACGUCGAAUGUGCGGAGCAUACGUCGGGAUAGAUGAGUUUCGCUCGAAAUUGGCGGUUUUGAGCGAAAGAUUCAGUUUCGAUGCGUGUUAUAAUCCCAGUGAAGACGUUCUGACAGGGAGGGCCAGAACAUCGUGGAGCCCACUUUUAUGAUCCAUACUGUCAUCUACAUUGUUACGACUAGUAAAAGACAUUUAGCUAGGAAUCAGAUCAAAUGCAACAGGAACAAUAAAUAAUAAUACGCGCG